UGAUUGUUCUGUUGUUUUCAGAUGAGUGUCUGAUGUUACAGUUAACACUGGCUUUUAUGCUUUCUGGGAAAAUCUCACUCUUUGGAUAGAGAAAAACCUCUUUAUUGUAAUUAUAAUGCGUCUCUAUGAAAACUAAAUACAGAAAGGUGUAUUUGAGAAGCAGAACAACUGUGCAAAAGCCAGCAUUUGCAAACGCACUGUUCUGAUAUAAUGUAUCUAGUAAAUAUUUGAUGACAGCCAGAAUUAGAAACAUGAAUCGAUAAUAUGCAGAGUAUCUGUUUUUAUUUAUUCAUAAGCGCUUACUUCCCUCGUUUUUUUUGUCUAUAGAUAAAUUCAUUAAUAGCCUGUUUGUUGGGGCUGUGAAAGCGCACAUGUCGCUGCUGUUUCAUCAUGAAGUCUAAAGAGAACAGGGCAUCGGCUUUUGUUACCAGGAAGUGCGUCGCGUUAUUUAUAUUUCAACACUUGCGAGACCGGCGUGAGGGCGCGCGCUGGUAAUACGAAACUUAUAAUAUCACUCUUUAUACGAUUCCCCGGGAUUGAGGAGCUUGGCCUGAAGUGAUGUUUUGCCACUAAGGUUGUAUGGAUAUCCACGAUAAAUCAACGCAAAGACACUGACAAAACUCGCGCCAGGACACGGCUGCACGCCAGGUGGCGUUGUAAUGAAGAUCCAUGAGAAGAUUCUAACCCAUUACCUGUCCUGCACUUCACCUGUCGAUAAAGAGGGAUAUCUUUACAAAAAGAGAGAGAGGAACACCACUUACCUGCGCCGCUGGUUUGUGUUGAAGGGGAAUCUGCUGUUUUACCAGGAGCGUCCAGGCGAUCGUAACCUGUUGGGUGUGAUUGUUCUGGAGGGCUGCCUAGUGCAGGCGUGUGAGACGGAUGGUCAGUUCUGUUUCUCUUUGGUGUACACUGGACCAGGACUCCGCACGUAUAGACUAGCCGCUGAUGACCAUCUCAGCCAGGAGAGCUGGAUCGGUGCGCUGUUCUGCGCCAGUCACAUCUACCUUUCCAUGAUUGUCAGCGACCUGGAGAGACGCUACGAAGAAGCUAGAAGAGACAAAGGCCUUUGUGAUUCCAUCCAGACCUCAGCAGUAACUUCUACACCCAAUAAGAUAAUGGCUUCCUGGAACUCAGGACAACCCUAUUUCGUACAUGGGACUUCCAUAGUGCCCAGAGAUGGGCGGAGCUACAGCACCAGUUCUGUACCACCUCCAUCUAUGCCGAACAGACCCGUCAGCUAUAGUCUUCAUGCCCCUCCUAUUCAAUUCAAGACUACCAAUAAGCGAUCUCCAAAGCUCUGGCCCAAAAGAAAUGCACAUGUCACACCCUUAAAUGGUCCGGCACCAUCUUAUGGGGAGUGGCCCGUUGUGAACUUUGAUCCUUUGGAAGAGUUUAGUAAACUGCACGAGUACUAUGGAAAUGAGAUUAAGCAACUAAGAGCUGAUUGGCUGAAGAAGAAGCGCAAGGAAGUGGCACACGUCGAGGAGGACCUCAUUGAUCUUGGCUAGAGCAGCAUCUGAUAUAUAUGAAUGCUUAUAUCACAUCUAUGCAUUUGUUCAUGUUGUCGUCUAAAUAGUAAAUCUUAAUCUAAAACAAUAGAUUGAUGAAUGUAUUAAGAUGCAGUACUAGUAGAAUCCUGCUGUCUUUUUAAUUUUAUGAAGGCCUGCAGAUUAACACUGACUGACACUGGUCUUGUGGCUUUUUUUUUGAUAAAACGUUUCUCAUUUCCUCUCUGUGGUCUCUUAGCCUAGUUCCUUCUCGCUUGAACUGUCAUAAAGUAGACCCAAACCGCCAGUAGCUUUACCCUCACUGUUAAACUAACUAUGUGCAGACAUUUACAAUGGCAAAAGUUCAUAUUGGAUCCAAAGUACUUCAGAUACUGUCAAAUGAGGUUUGAUUAGAGACUACACGUUAGUUGUAGAGCUGUAAAUGCAUGAUAAUAAUAAUUCAUAUUUAAUUUGUUACAUCUUUUAAAAUAUGUACUGAGAGAGCCUAAUCAAUAAUGUGAUCUUGUGAAGUGACUGUUUAGUUCUGCCUUACAGAACGUGUUUCACACAGUUCAGGAGGUUUCGCAAACAAACUGAAAUACACGCCCUUUAUAUUCUUCCUCUUUCACAACAUCUCAAUUCUUUGGGGAUGUAGAUGUGCCUUUUUUCUUUUAGUUUCUAGUAUACUCAACACAUUUGGAACGUUAAACACAUUAGAAGCAGCAGUUCUUUAUAUUAGUCAUAUCAGUAAGCAUCAAAAUAAACUGUCAAGUUUGUAUGCAUUAAGCAUUUCAGAGGUGCAGCUCUUUAUACUGUAGGUCACCAGAGGGCACUGCACUUCACCAACAGUACUACUACUACCUUUAUUCAGCCCUACUUCAGGCACAGGGGUCACUAGUUGCUUCACAACUGAUGUUUGAUUAUUUAAUGUUCUACAUGUAAUUAUAUUUGGAUGAUAUCAGUAAUGUUGGACAUGUUUUUAUUCACAGUUU